CCAUCAUCAUCAUAAAACGACGACAAUGCUCGAAGUCGACACAAACGGGCACAAGGUCGACGAGGGCACGGCGCAAUGCCCCGUCGCACACGCGCCCACGCAGCCGCUCCCGCCAGGGCAUCCCCCCACAAAGCAUGCGACGGCCUCGACGUUGAGGCCUCCCACCGGCGACAAGUGUGUCUUUUUCCGUACGCCAGAGGACCUGGCUGCCACACCGCCCAUCUCGAGGACCACGUCGAUGUACCUCGAGCAGGCCAAGGCUGCCGCCAACAUCAAUCCCCUUGCGCCUGGCGCUGGGAGCACGCUGGACCCGGACACGAGCCUCGUCCUCGCCAGUCGCAAUUCGCAGCUGGCACUGGUGCAGAGCAGCCAUGUCAGCGAGAUGCUCUCGUCGCACUUUGGCAACCACUCGCCCUUGUUCAGCUCGACGUCUGACAAUGGCACCCCUCCAGACUCGCCGACGCAGCCACUCACGCCUGCCCAGCUGGCCGAAUGGGCCGCCCGGCUAGAUGCACUCGGUCUGAGCAAGCCCAGCACCUUUCCCAUCACCUCGAUGAGCACGUCUGGUGAUCAGAAUCUGCGCUCUCCCCUGUACGUCAUUGGCGGUGAGGGAAAGGCCAUUUGGACAAAGGAACUCGAGGUUGCGCUGGCCCAAGGCGCCGUCGAUGCCAUCGUCCACUGCCUCAAGGAUGUGCCCACGGAGCUUCCUCCAGGCCUGACGCUCGCUUCCAUCUUGGAGAGGGAAGACCCGCGGGAUGCCCUCGUGAUCAAGGAUGGCCUGCCCUACAAAACGCUCGACGAGCUCCCGCCCGGAUCCGUCAUUGGCACCUCGUCGGUGCGGAGAGUGGCGCAGCUGCGAAGGCGAUAUCCCAACCUCGUCUUCAGCGACGUGCGCGGCAACCUCAACACGCGCCUUGCCAAGCUCGACUCACCCACAGGGCCCUACACCGCCCUCGUCCUCGCCGCAGCCGGCCUGGUCCGCCUGGGCAUGGCAUCCAGGAUCACGGCCUUUCUCUCGGCGCCCGUGCUCAUGUACAGCGUGGGCCAAGGCUCGCUUGCUAUUGAGGUGCGCACCCCACCCGAGGGCGCCGACCCACGGACGAACCGCGAUGCGCGCAUCUUUGAGAUGGUGCGCUCGAUUGGAGACUGGCGUGCAACGUGGCGCGCCGAGGCCGAGCGCUCGCUCCUGAGGGAGCUCGAGGGCGGCUGUUCGAUUCCCGUCGGCGUCGAGACGAGGUUCGAGGACCACGAUGCCGUCGAGGGUGUGCGGUGCGAACGGGCCGCCGUGCAGCAGGUCAACCGGUCCAAUGGGCUGGCGAGCCACAACGGCGACGACGAGGGGGCUGAGGCGCUCGUCGUCGAGGGACACACGAUUCCCACGAGUCAGGUGCAGAAGCAGGAGUCGUCGUCGUCGUCGUCGUCCUCGUCAUCAUCGAGGCCGAGCACGCUCCAGAGGCUCGCCACUGACCGGCCCCAGCCGCCGUCGGACGGGCUUGCGAGCGGCAACGGACACAUGAAUGGCGACGGGGCUGUGGAGCGGGGUGACAAGGGCCGUUUCAUGGCCGAAGACCGCGCAACGGAGCCAAGCGAGGGCGCCAAGCUGCUUCUGUAUGCCAUUGUCGUCUCCCUCGACGGCACGAGGCACUGCGGCUACGAGAUGACGAAGCACUGCCACUCGAUCGACGAUGCGAGACAGCUGGGCCAGGAGGUGGCGAGGGAGCUGGCGACAAAGCGCGGAGCCCGGUCCAUCCUCGAAGAAGUCGAGAGGCACAGGAAGCUGGCCGAGGCCGCCGACGAGAAGCGGAGAAAGCUCGAAAAGGAGAAGCGCGCGGCGGGUAAAGGGGGUGAAGGCGAGGGGGAGAACCAAGAGAGCAGAAAGAAGCUCGAAGAGGCGCUGAACAGCACACUGGACAACAACCUCGUCUCUCGACCCAACGGCGAGGUCGACCGGAGAUUCGUGCCUAGAGACGAUGGGCAGCCAAAGGCAUGGGAGGUGUGAUGGCGACUUUCUUCGCGCCCCUUCUCUUAAUCACCUCCUCGGGAUCGCGUCUCAUGCCAUACAUGGACAGUCAGUUCGUUUAUGGUUCUCUUUAUCUUUCCACAGUAUCAUAGAAUACAUUAAAAUAAGAGAAUGCAUGCGCGUGCUGCUUCCUUCAUGGCUGCCCUUGGACUGCUUCUGCGACGGGCGCAGCGCUCGGUGCCGGCUCCUCUGGCUCCUCUUCCUUCUUGGGCGGCGCGGGUCGCUUUGCAAGGUAUCCACGAUUUGCCACGUUUGCGUAGU